UCGGUGUUGGUGGUAGGCUGCUGCCCCUAGCGGCAUACGACAUUGUUUCAAGUGUUGUUAUCAAAGGGCGGCUGGGCCACGCAAUAGUAAUGUGAUGUAACUUGCCGAAGGUUGGGCUUUUUUGGAGUGAGAAAGGGAGGCGAUAAGAUGGGGUGUUGUACAAAGGGCUGUUACGGUGGUCUUAUUACAUAACGUCGACGAGAACCGCCCCUCACUUCAGGGAAUAAUAUUACGCAACUUUGCCCACACCAUUUAGUCCACAAGGCGCGUGUUUGCCGAAGGAGACGAAAGCAUGUCGAGCACCAAGAUCGUGUCGGCUCUCGCCAGCAAAGUCCGCUUUUGUCCGAGGCGAUGCAGGUCCACGGCGGCGUCCACCAAGAGCCAGCGGCGGGAGAAGGAGCAGGAUGGAUGCGCGGUGGUGGAGGCGGACCCCGUGGAGCUCAUCAGCCAGAGCGGCAAGGCGCCAAAAGAUGGAGAAAAGCUGAGCAAAAUCCACAUCGACUUCAACAACACGGAGGAGGCUUAUAAAAGUAAGGACAACGUCGAGCUGCUGAGGAGCCUGCUGGUCUUCAAGCUGUGCACCGUUGACGUGCUGGUGGAGAAGAACCGGGAGUUAAUGGAGCUGAGCAAGAAGCUGCUGGGUCAGCGGUUGUUCGAGAAGCUGAUGAAGAUGACCUUCUACGGACAGUUUGUGGCCGGGGAAGACCACAACGCCAUCAAACCCCUCAUCCAGAAGAACCAGGCCUUUGGCGUGGGCGCCGUGCUGGAUUACAGCGUGGAAGAGGACUUGACCAAAGAGGAGGCGGAAAAGAAGGAGAUGGAUUCAUGUCUGUCUCAGGCAGAAAAAGAAAGUCCAGAUGCUGAACACCGUGAGAAGAAGUACAAGGCCCAUCGGCAGUUCGGGGACAGGCGCGGUGGCGUCAUCAGCGCCCGCACAUACUUCUACGCAGACGAGGUCAAAUGUGACAACCAGUUGGAAACCUUCAUCAACUGCAUCAAAGCCUCAGGCGGCGCCUCUGCAGAUGGCUUUUCGGCCAUCAAAAUGACAGCCUUGGGACGCCCACAAUUCCUUCUCCAGUUUUCCGAGGUCUUGGUCAAAUGGAAGCAGUUCUUUAAGUUCCUGGCAGCACAGCAGGGCAAGUCGGAAAUGACGACGUUGGAGCAAAAACUGGAGCCGGAACAACUCAAGGAAAGUUUGACCAAGCUGGGUGUUGCUGCCAAGGAAGACAUUGAAAACUGGUUCACUGGAGAGAAGCUGGGUCUGUCGGGGACCAUAGAUAUGCUGGAUUGGAACAGUUUAAUCAAUGAUACAACAAAAAUCUCCAACCUUCUUAUGGUGCCAAACCUUGAGACGGGCCAGCUGGAACCUUUUCUGAACAUGUUUACAGCUGAGGAGGAACGACAAAUGAAGCGAAUGCUGCAAAGAGUGGACGUUCUUGCUAAUUACGCCGUGGAAAACGGCGUGCGGCUCAUGGUGGACGCCGAGCAGACGUACUUCCAGCCAGCUAUUAGUCGCCUGACGCUGGAAAUGCAGAGGAAGUUCAACAGAGAGAAACCAAUCAUAUUCAACACGUACCAAUGCUACCUGAAGGAAGCCUACGAGAACGUGACAGUGGACGUGGAGUUGUCGCGCAGGGAGGGCUGGUACUUUGGCGCCAAGCUGGUCCGCGGCGCCUACAUGUACCAGGAAAGGGCCCGAGCCGAGGAGAUCGGCUACGAGGACCCGAUAAACCCCGACUACGAGGCCACCAACAGGAUGUACCACAAGUGUUUGGAGUACUUGCUGGAGGACAUCGACCACAGCCGUAGAGCAAACAUCAUGGUUGCCACUCAUAACGAGGACACGGUGAAAUUCACCUUAAAAAUGAUGAACGAGAUGGGCCUGUCACCCACUGAGAAUAAAGUCUACUUUGGGCAGCUGCUUGGUAUGUGUGACCAGAUCAGCUUCCCGCUAGGUCAGGCGGGCUUCCCGGUCUACAAGUACGUCCCGUACGGUCCUGUCAACGAGGUCAUCCCGUAUUUGUCCCGCCGCGCUCAGGAGAACCGCGGCUUCAUGAAGGGCUCGCAGAGAGAGCGCAGCCUGCUGUGGAAGGAGCUGAAGCGCAGGCUGCUGGGGGGGCAGAUCCUCUACCGCCCCGUCUACUGAGUCACAUGACCGCCCUCAGGCAUCCGUGACUCACCACACCACUAACUCUUUUUCCCAACAACUGGAUUCGUGUUGUUUCUUGCAAGUAUAUUUAUUCUACUCUGCAGUGACAAUCACAAAUCUUCACUUUUGGGUUGUUUGUCCAACCAAGAAGAGACACAACACUAACACUAAACAACACAAAUUGUGGGCGGUGGGUGUUCAUUCGUUAACAGCUGGGUCAGCUUGAGCUUGCCAAAUAGUGAUCCUCACUCAUUGACACCCUGCAAGUGUUUACAAACACGUCAUUAAUGAGACAUUUGGACUAACCUUACAACAUGUUAACAGGCGUGCAAGAGGUCGGCUCACUAUUUGGCAAGUUCCACCUUGCCACAGUUGCUAUAUUAGCUUUAAAACUGUAUUUAAAUACUGUGGCCACUGAUUGGCUCAGCCCCAGGAAGCAUUACUAUUUUAGAUUAAAAGAGUGUAUAUGUCGUUAAGGUGAUAAUUAAUUAACAGCUGAGUCAGCUUGAGUUUGCUAAAUAGUGAUCCCCACUCAUUGACACCCCGCAAGUGUUUACAAACACGUCAUUAAUGAGACAUUUGGACUAACUUUACAACAAACAUGUCAUCAAUGAGACAUCUAGACUAACCUACAACAUGUUAACGGGCGUGCAAGAGGUCGGCUCACUAUUUGGCAAGUUCCACCUGGCCACAGUUGCUAUAUUAGCUUUAAAACUGUAUAUAAAUACUGUGGUCAUUUGGAGGUUCUGCCUUUUUAGUGAAGUAUAAGCACUAAUAUCUAUAGUAUAUAUCACUAAAGAGGAAAUACCAACAUAAAAACAUAAAAAUCGUCACAUCCAGCUUCUAAUAUUGCCACAUCGCACAUUUUUUUAAAGCAUAUUUCACAACAUUUUUGCCUUAAAUUAGGUAUUUUUAUGCAUGAAAAUGGCUAAAUGAACUAAAAGUGUCAACAUUGCAGUAGUAUUGGCCAUUAGAGAGGAGCAAACUAAGUAUCAGUAUCGUGGCCGCUGAUUGGCUCAGCCCCAGGAAGCAUUACUAUAUUGGAUUAAAAGAGUGUAAAUGUGACUAAAGUUUGUUAUUUCCUGUCAAGAGGGCUUUCAUCAUUUUGAAAAAUGUGGGCGGUGACAUAACAAGUCGUUUAGGUGUUAAUUCGUUAACAGCUGAGUCAGCGAGAGCUUGCCAAAUAGUGAUCCCCACUCAUUGACACCCUGUAACUGUUUACAAACAUGUCAUUAAUAAGACAUUUGGACUAACCUUACAACAUGUUAACAGGCGUGCAAGAGGUCGGCUCACUAUUCGGCAAGUUCCACCUUGCCACAGUUGCUAUAUUAGCUUUAAAACUGUAUAUAAAUACUGUGGUCAUUUGGAGGUUCUGCCUUUUUAGUGAAGUAUAAGCACUAAUAUCUAUAGUAUAUAUCACUAAAGAGGAAAUACCAACAUAAAAUGUUAUACAGUCGUCACAUCCAGCUUCUAAUAUUGCCGCUCUACCACAUUGCACAUUUUUUUAAAGCAUAUUUCACAACAUUUUUGCCUUAAAUUAGGUAUUUUUAUGCAUGAAAAUGGCUAAAUGAACUAAAAGUAUCAACAUUGCAGUAGUAUUGGCCAUUAGAGAGGAGCAAACUAAGUAUCAGUAUCGUGGCCGCUGAUUGGCUCAGCCCCAGGAAGCAUUACUAUAUUGGAUUAAAAGAGUGUAAAUGUGACUAAAGUUUGUUAUUUCCUGUCAAGAGGGCUUUCAUCAUUUUGAAAAAUGUGGGCGGUGACAUAACAAGUCGUUUAGGUGAUAAUUCAUUAACAGCUGAGUCAGCGAGAGCUUGCCAAAUAGUGAUCCCCACUCAUUGACACCCUGCAAGUGUUUACAAACACGUCAUUAAUGAGACAUUUGGACUAACCUUACAACAUGUUAACAGGCGUGCAAGAGGUCGGCUCACUAUUUGGCAAGUUCCACCUUGCCACAGUUGCUAUAUUAGCUUUAAAACUGUAUACAAAUACUGUGGUCAUUUGGAAGUUCUGCCACAUAGGAGGCAAAAGGGGGCCUUUUUUAGUAAAGUAUAAGCACUAAUAUCUAUAGUAUAUAUCACUAAUGAGGAAAUACCAACAUAAAAUGUAAUACAGUCGUCAUAUCAAGCUUCUAAUAUUGCGGCAUUUUUGCCUUAAACUAAGUAUUUUCAUGCAUGAAAAUGGCUAAAAGUAGCAACAUCACAGUAGUAUUGGCCAUUAGAGAGGAGCAAACAAAGUAUCAGUAUCGUGGCCGCUGAUUGGCUCAGCCCCAGGAAGCAUUACUAUAUUGGAUUAAAAGAGUGUAAAUGUGACUAAAGUUUGUUAUUUCCUGUCAAGAGGGCUUUCAUCAUUUUGAAAAAUGUGGGCGGUGACAUAACAAGUCGUUUAGGUGAUAAUUCGUUAACAGCUGAGUCAGCGAGAGCUUGCCAAAUAGUGAUCCCCACUCAUUGACACCCUGCAAGUGUUUACAAACACGUCAUUAAUGAGACAUUUGGACUAACCUUACAACAUGUUCACAGGCGUGCAAGAGGUCGGCUCACUAUUUGGCAAGUUCCACCUUGCCACAGUUGCUAUUAUAGCUUUAAAACUGUAUUUAAAUACUGUGGCCACUGAUUGGCUCAGCCCCAGGAAGCAUUACUAUAUUAGAUUAAAAGAGUGUAAAUGUGACUAACAAGUCGUUAAGGUGUUAAUUCAUUAACAGCUGAGUCAGCUUGAGUUUGCCAAAUAGUGAUCCCCACUCAUUGACACCCUGCAAGUGUUUACAAACACGUCAUUAAUAAGACAUUUGGACUAACUUUACAACAAACAUGUCAUCAAUGAGACAUCUAGACUAACCUACAACAUGUUAACGGGCGUGCAAGAGGUCGGCUCACUAUUUGGCAAGUUCCACCUUGCCACAGUUGCUAUAUUAGCUUUAAAACUGUAUAUAAAUACUGUGGUCAUUUGGAGGUUCUGCCUUUUUAGUGAAGUAUAAGCACUAAUAUCUAUAGUAUAUAUCACUAAAGAGGAAAUACCAACAUAAAAUGUAAUACAGCCGUCACAUCCAGCUUCUAAUAUUGCCGCUCUACCACAUUGCACAUUUUUUUAAAGCAUAUUUCACAACAUUUUUGCCUUAAAUUAGGUAUUUUUAUGCAUGAAAAUGGCUAAAUGAACUAAAAGUGUCAACAUUGCAGUAGUAUUGGCCAUUAGAGAGGAGCAAACUAAGUAUCAGUAUCGUGGCCACUGAUUGGCUCUGCCCCAGGAAGCAUUACUAUAUUGGAUUAAAAGAGUGUAAAUGUGACUAAAGUUUGUUAUUUCCUGUCAAGAGGGCUUUCAUCAUUUUGAAAAAUGUGGGCGGUGACAUAACAAGUCGUUUAAGUGUUAAUUCGUUAACAGCUGAGUCAGCGAGAGCUUGCCAAAUAGUGAUCCCCACUCAUUGACACCCUGCAAGUGUUUACAAACACGUCAUUAAUAAGACAUUUGGACUAACCUUACAACAUGUUAACAGGCGUGCAAGAGGUCGGCUCACUAUUUGGCAAGUUCCACCUUGCCACAUUUGCUAUAUUAGCUUUAAAACUGUAUUUAAAUACUGUGGCCACUGAUUGGCUCAGCCCCAGGAAGCAUUACUAUAUUAGAUUAAAAGAGUGUAAAUGUGACUAACAAGUAACAAGUCGUUUAGGUGUUAAUUCAUUAACAGCUGAGUCAGCGAGAGCUUGCCAAAUAGUGAUCCCCACUCAUUGACACCCUGUAACUGUUUACAAACACGUCAUUAAUAAGACAUUUGGACUAACCUUACAACAUGUUAACAGGCGUGCAAGAGGUCGGCUCACUAUUUGGCAAGUUCCACCUUGCCACAUUUGCUAUAUUAGCUUUUAAACUGUAUUUAAAUACUGUGGCCACUGAUUGGCUCAGCCCCAGGAAGCAUUACUAUUUUAGAUUAAAAGAGUGUAAAUGUCGUUAAGGUGAUAAUUAAUUAACAGCGGAGUCAGCUUGAGUUUGCCAAAUAGUGAUCCCCACUCAUUGACACCCUGCAAGUGUUUAUAAACACGUCAUUAAUGAGACAUUUGGACUAACUUUACAACAAACAUGUCAUCAAUGAGACAUCUAGACUAACCUACAACAUGUUAACAGGCGUGCAAGAGGUCGGCUCACUAUUUGGCAAGUUCCACCUUGCCACAGUUGCUAUAUUAGCUUUAAAACUGUAUAUAAAUACUGUGGCCAUUUGGAUGUUCCGCCUUUUUAGGGAAGUAUAAGCACUAAUAUCUAUAGUAUAUAUCACUAAAGAGGAAAUACCAACAUAAAAACAUAAAAAUAGUCACAUCCAGCUUCUAAUAUUGCCACAUCGCACAUUUUUUUAAAGCAUAUUUCACAACAUUUUUGCCUUAAAUUAGGUAUUUUUAUGCAUGAAAAUGGCUAAAUGGACUAAAAGUGUCAACAUUGCAGUAGUAUUGGCCAUUAGAGAGGAGCAAACUAAGUAUCAGUGUCGUGGCCACUGAUUGGCUCAGCCCCAGGAAGCAUUACUAUAUUGGAUUAAAAAAGUGUAAAUGUGACUAAAGUUUGUUAUUUCCUGUCAAGAGGGCUUUCAUCAUUUUGAAAAAUGUGGGCGGUGACAUAACAAGUCGUUUAGGUGUUAAUUCAUUAACAGCUGAGUCAGCAAGAGCUUGCCAAAUAGUGAUCCCCACUCAUUGACACCCUGCAAGUGUUUACAAACACGUCAUUAAUAAGACAUUUGGACUAACCUUACAACAUGUUAACGGGCGUGCAAGAGGUCAGCUCACUAUUUGGCAAGUUCCACCUUGCCACAGUUGCUAUAUUAGCUUUAAAACUGUAUAUAAAUACUGUGGUCAUUUGGAGGUUCUGCCUUUUUAGUGAAGUAUAAGCACUAAUAUCUAUAGUAUAUAUCACUAAAGAGGAAAUACCAACAUAAAAUGUAAUACAGCCGUCACAUCCAGCUUCUAAUAUUGCCGCUCUACCACAUCGCACAUUUUUUUAAAGCAUAUUUCACAACAUUUUUGCCUUAAAUUAGGUAUUUUUAUGCAUGAAAAUGGCUAAGUGAACUAAAAGUGUCAACAUUGCAGUAGUAUUGGCCAUUAGAGAGGAGCAAACUAAGUAUCAGUAUCGUGGCCACUGAUUGGCUCUGCCCCAGGAAGCAUUACUAUAUUGGAUUAAAAGAGUGUAAAUGUGACUAAAGUUUGUUAUUUCCUGUCAAGAGGGCUUUCAUCAUUUUGAAAAAUGUGGGCGGUGACAUAACAAGUCGUUAAGGUGUUAAUUCAUUAACAGCUGAGUCAGCGAGAGCUUGCCAAAUAGUGAUCCCCACUCAUUGAUACCCUGCAAGUGUUUACAAACACGUCAUUAAUGAGACAUUUGGACUAACCUUACAACAUGUUAACAGGCGCGCAAGAGGUCGGCUCACUAUUUGGCAAGUUCCACCUUGCCACAUUUGCUAUAUUAGCUUUAAAACUGUAUACAAAUACUGUGGCCACUGAUUGGCUCAGCCCCAGGAAGCAUUACUAUAUUAGAUUAAAAGAGUGUAAAUGUGACUAACAAGUCGUUUAGGUGUUAAUUCAUUAACAGCUGAGUCAGCUUGAGUUUGCCAAAUAGUGAUCCCCACUCUUUGACACCCUGCAAGUGUUUACAAACACGUCAUUAAUGAGACAUUUGGACUAACUUUACAACAAACAUGUCAUCAAUGAGACAUCUAGACUAACCUACAACAUGUUAACGGGCGUGCAAGAGGUCGGCUCACUAUUUGGCAAGUUCCACCUUGCCACAGUUGCUAUAUUAUCUUUAAAACUGUAUAUAAAUACUGUGGUCAUUUGGAGGUUCUGCCUUUUUAGUGAAGUAUAAGCACUAAUAUCUAUAGUAUAUUUCACUAAAGAGGAAAUACCAACAUAAAAUGUAAUACAGUCGUCACAUCCAGCUUCGAAUAUUGCGGCUUUACCACAUCGCACAUUUUUUUAAGCGUAUUUCACAACAUUUUUGCCUUAAAUUAGGUAUUUUUAUGCAUGAAAAUGGCUAAAUGAACUAAAAGUAUCAACAUUGCAGUAGUAUUGGCCAUUAGAGAGGAGCAAACUAAGUAUCAGUAUCGUGGCCGCUGAUUGGCUCAGCCCCAGGAAGCAUUACUAUAUUGGAUUAAAAGAGUGUAAAUGUGACUAAAGUUUGUUAUUUCCUGUCAAGAGGGCUUUCAUCAUUUUGAAAAAUGUGGGCGGUGACAUAACAAGUCGUUUAGGUGAUAAUUCGUUAACAGCUGAGUCAGCGAGAGCUUGCCAAAUAGUGAUCCCCACUCAUUGACACCCUGCAAGUGUUUACAAACACGUCAUUAAUGAGACAUUUGGACUAACCUUACAACAUGUUAACAGGCGUGAAAGAGGUCGGCUCACUAUUCGGCAAGUUCCACCUGGCCACAGUUGCUAUAUUAGCUUUAAAACUGUAUAUAAAUACUGUGGUCAUUUGGAGGUUCUGCCUUUUUAGUGAAGUAUAAGCACUAAUAUCUAUAGUAUAUAUCACUAAAGAGGAAAUACCAACAUAAAAUGUCAUACAGCCAUCACAUCCAGCUUCUAAUAUUGCCGCUCUACCACAUCGCACAUUUUUUAAAGCAUAUUUCACAACAUUUUUGCCUUAAAUUAGGUAUUUUUAUGCAUGAAAAUGGCUAAAUGAACUAAAAGUGUCAACAUUGCAGUAGUAUUGGCCAUUACAGAAGAGCAAACAAAGUAUCAGUAUCGUGGCCGCUGAUUGGCUCAGCCCCAGGAAGCAUUACUAUAUUGGAUUAAAAGAGUGUAAAUGUGACUAAAGUUCGUUAUUUUCUGUCAAGAUGGCUUUCAUCAUUUUGAGAAAUCUGGGCGGUGACAUAACAAGUCGUUUAGGUGUUAAUUUGUUAACAGCUGAGUCAGCGAGAGCUUGCCAAAUAGUGAUCCCCACUCAUUGACACCCUGCAAGUGUUUACAAACACGUCAUUAAUGAGACAUUUGGACUUACCUUACAACAUGUUAACAGGCGUGCAAGAGGUCGGCUCACUAUUUGGCAAGUUCCACCUUGCCACAGUUGCUAUUAUAGCUUUAAAACUGUAUUUAAAUACUGUGGCCACUGAUUGGCUCAGCCCCAGGAAGCAUUACUAUAUUAGAUUAAAAGAGUGUAAAUGUGACUAACAAGUCGUUUAGGUGUUAAUUCAUUAACAGCUGAGUCAGCGAGAGCUUGCCAAAUAGUGAUCCCCACUCAUUGACACCCUGCAAGUGUUUACAAACACGUCAUUGAUGAGACAUUUGGACUAACUUUACUACAAACAUGUCAUCAAUGAGACAUCUAGACUAACCUACAACAUGUCAACGGGCGUGCAAGAGGUCGGCUCACUAUUUGGCAAGUUCCACCUGGCCACAGUUGCUAUAUUAGCUUUAAAACUGUAUAUAAAUACUGUGGUCAUUUGGAGGUUCUGCCUUUUUAGUGAAGUAUAAGCACUAAUAUCUAUAGUAUAUAUCACUAAAGAGGAAAUACCAACAUAAAAACAUAAAAAUCGUCACAUCCAGCUUCUAAUAUUGCCACAUCGCACAUUUUUUAAAAGCAUAUUUCACAACAUUUUUGCCUUAAAUUAGGUAUUUUUAUGAAUGAAACUGGCUAAAUGAACUAAAAGUAUCAACAUUGCAGUAGUAUUGGCCAUUAGAGAAGAGCAAGCUAAGUAUCAGUGUCGUGGCCACUGAUUGGCUCAGCCCCAGGAAGCAUUAUUGGAUUAAAAGAGUGUCAAUGUGACUAAAGUUUGUUAUUUCCUGUCAAGAAGGCUUUCAUCAUUUUGAAAAAUGUACUUAGAAGGUCAUGAACAGGUGUUUUAUGCUCUCGCUAUGAAAUAUUACAUUUAUAAUGAAUGAUUCUUACUUCAAAUUCAUGUCCGCAACCAAUUAGCAGCGACAAAAGAGGGAUUACUGUAUAUUAUUUUAUAAAUGGUGGUAUUUAAUUGUGUACUUUACAUGAACGAUGCGUUUUCUAUUUGUGCGCUCUUACCUCGCAUACAGUCGUCACUCCAAAGUGCCUUCAAGGAUUGUUUCCAUGUGAGUUAUGUCUCCUAUUACCUCCAACUGGUUUGUUUUGUUUUGUGGCACUAUGUGUAUUUAUGAUUGAAAAAAAAAUACGUCAACCGAGUGUCAGUAAUAAAGGUAUUUUUUGUUCUUUG